CUUCCCCCCAUCUCUCUCUCUCUCUCCUUCCUUUUUCAGCCCCAACCCCUCCCUCAGCCCCAUUCAGCCCCUACAUUGCCAUCAUACUGAACCCCACACAUCUCUCAUUCUCCCCACCCACAUCACACCUCUGUUUCCUCUGUUUUCUCACUCUUAAUUGCUCUGUUUCUUCCUAUUUGUCCACCAAUAACCUCAAUUCCUCCCCAAUUCAACUCCCAUCUGGGUUACUCUCCCCUCACCUCAAUCAGUAUCAAAAUUCCCUCAAUUUCACCCCCUUUCCAUUUUCUUCCACCAUGGACAAGGAAUACUUCCUCAAUGCAGGCAUUCCACCCCCUUUACACUUCGAACCAUCCCAAAUCCCCAAUUGGCAGUCUCAAUCGUCUGAAUUCUUGUUUAAUUCCAAUUGGGACAGCCACAAGUCAACGGACCAACAAUAUUCCAACUUUGACUCAGCCCUGAGCUCACUUGUCUCGUCCCCUGCUGCCUCCAAUUCCACAAUCUCCCAAGAUAACUUCGUAAUCCGUGAGCUGAUCGGGAAACUCAACACCACUGCCAACUCCGGCGAGUUUUCCCCGGCACCGUACGUUGGGAGCAGGAGCACCACCAGCUCACCUUCUAAAUCAGCACAAUACCUGGUGGACCACUUUGGGAACGAAAAAAUGCUACCCAAUUUGGGAAAUUCGAUGGGCAUGAAUCCCAAUUUGGUUUCGACUGAUCCAGGGUUCGCCGAGAGGGCGGCGAAGUUUUCUUGCUUCGGGAGCAGGAGUUUCAACGGGAGAAUUAGCCAAUUGCCGUACAGAUCGAGUAGUGCAUCGAUGGCGUGUAGCGAGAAGUUAUCUAGGGAUUCGAGCAGUCCUUUACUCAAGGCCGAUGGAUCUCCUAUCCAGAGCAAGAAUCCGACACAAACCCAUGUGGAGAUGGGCCCCGCGAAUGGAUCGGACGCCAGAUUGGGCAAGGCAUCUGAGCAAGAUUCGGCAAGAUUCGCCAGUUCCAACGAGGGUUCCUCUGUUUCUGAGCAAAUCCCAAGUGGUUUGAAAACCCCGAGUGAUUCGAAUUCCAGGAAGAGGAAAGCUGUUUCCCGGGGGAAAUCCAAGGAGGUUGCUUCGAAGGCAGUGGAGGAAAAGGAUGACCCUAACGCGAAGCGAUCUAAAUCUAUUGAAGGCAGUAGUGAAUUGGGUAGUGUUAAAACGGAGGAGGACACGAAAACUGGGGAUGAAAAGGCUAAUCAAAAGGCUCCUGAGCCGCCAAAGGACUACAUUCAUGUUAGAGCAAGAAGGGGUCAAGCUACUGACAGCCAUAGUCUAGCCGAAAGAGUUCGAAGAGAGAAGAUCAGUGAAAGAAUGAAACUUCUCCAAGAUCUUGUGCCAAAUUGCAACAAGGUGACUGGAAAAGCACUUAUGCUUGAUGAAAUCAUCAACUAUGUGCAGUCAUUGCAGCGUCAAGUCGAGUUUCUGUCAAUGAAGUUGGCUUCAGUGGAUUUUAGCAUGGAUACUCUCUUGUCAAAGGAUGAGUUUCAGGCCAAUGGAUCAUUGUCUCAUCCAAUGUACCCACUUGAUUCCUCAGCAUCUGCUUUCUUUGGACACCAGACCAAGGAGACCCCACAAGUACAUACCAAUUUUUCCAUUGGGGCAAUGACCCAAUGCUCGAUUGAUCCCAACCUAUGUCGGAAUAAUUCGAUGCAAUCAACUCUGGUCGAUGAAUUCGGCCGAGGCCUUCCACAGUUCCCUACGUUGUGUGAAGAUGACUUGCAAAGCAUUGUUCAGAUGGGGUUUGGCCAGAACCUUGAACUGUGAUCAUCAUCAUCAACAUUCAUUUAUCCUCUUUCAUUCAAAGGCCCAAAGGAAGAGAAAGGCUGCUGUAUAUAGAAACAGAUUUUCAUUACAAGUGGUGCUUUCAUGGACUACUAAUCCAUCUUUAGGACUAAUUAAGAGAUCAUUUUGUUCCUCUUAAAUCAGUUUUAUCGGUCAUUCGAUCUUCUAAUCCUUUUGUUUUGGGUUGGGUUGGGUUUCUUAUUAGUGUUUCAAUGUAAUAUCCUAGUAGUGGUUCCUAUUUUGGUGCAAAUUUAAGUCCUAUGGCACCACAUUGAUGUAAGAUAUUAAUUUGCUAGUAGAGAAUGAGAAUGAAAUUUCCACAA